UGUAUUUUAUUACGUUUUAUUUUUUAUUAUUUUAUUAUUUCCCUUCUACGUGACUUUACCGAAAGAACCAACGGAAGAACAAAGUGGGAGUUGUUUGACGCCACUGCAUGGAGAAGCCGCACGGUCACAGCCCGCAACCCAAGCGUGUAAAUGUUCGCUUUGGUUUAUAAAUAUCAUUACACACUCUCACACACAACACAACACACAACUCUCUCUUUCGUUGCGUGGUGUACCAGCCGGACGACGAGUGUGCUCUUGUUAAAAGGAUGCACGUUGAGAUGUAUAAGGGACACGGAGGAGGGGGGGGAGGUGUUGACCAAUAAAGUUGCUGGAGUGCCAUGAAGCCGGUUUUCUCAGGGUGUGGCCACUUUCAGAAGUAAUGGUAUCUCCCCGGCAACCCGCUGAUGGGCCCUCUGUGUUGGCAACACCGAUGGACUCUGGUCACCUGCAUGUUUACUAAUUGCAGAGGAACUCUUGCCUACAUAGCUUCACAACUCAGAAAGAACUGAGGCGAGGAUUCAAGUAAAAAAACGACAGUGAGUUGGCAUCUCUUCCUCCGUGGGAAAACUAGCAAGUCCUCGGUCACGAUGGCCACCGUAAUCGGGGAACAGAUUGGCCGUGCCUACAUCAACUUGGCUCGCCUGCCGAGCGUGCUGGCAGCGCUAGCCAACCGCCCACUGUCCUCGUCACCUUCGUCUCCCACCAUCUCGUCAGUGUGCCGCACUUUCCGAGAAGUGCCCGUCGUCUUCCACGAGAAGUACAUCACGUCUGGCUACCGGCCACCGGGCCAGCCGUGGCGCUUCUACGCACUGAGCCUUUUUGCUCGGCACAACGAGAUCGCCAACGUGUGGACGCAUCUCUUGGGCACGCUCCUUGUGCUGGCCCGCGUUGGCAAGAUCCCUGAGUUGGCCGCCACCCGCGCAGACAUCGCGUCGUGGCCUUUCUUUCUCUUGGCACUUUCUGGAGCAGCCUACAUGGCGCUGAGCACGGUGGCGCACCUCUUCCAUUCGCGCUCCGAGUUGGCGCACUACGGCUUCUUCUUCCUCGACUACGUGGGCGUGGCGCUGUACCAGUAUGGCAGUGCUGUAGGACACUACUUCUACUGCGCUGGACCCGGUGGCUUUGCGUUCCUCCGCGACGAUGUCUACCUGCCAACUACCUGGAUGCUCGCGUGGCUCUCCUGUGCUGGGUGUUGCUUCGCCAACCUGUGCUUCCGAAUUCCCCACUCACUCGGGCGCAAGCUUUUUAAGGUGCUACCGUGUGCUAUGGCGUAUGUGGUGGUCAUCUCGCCCAUCGCUUACCGUCUCGUCACAUCAAGCCCAAACCACGAUCCAGCAUUCCUCUUCCACGUAGCUCAGGUGGCCUUCUUUCUGCUGUCGGCUGUAUUCUUCACAUUUCCACUACCAGAGCAGCUAAAUCCGGGCCGCUUCAACGUGCUGGGGCACAGCCACCAGAUCUUCCACGUGCUGCUGUCCUUGUGCACGAUCACGCAGAUCGAGGCUGUUCACUUGGAUUUUUUAAAGCGUCACAAUGGAAGGAAUCACUCCGACGUUGAGGUGAGGUGGGCUCUGAUGUCCUUUGGAGCGCUGGCUGGACUCAGCGUAGCCACUGCUGCACUGUGCACUUUACAGAUGAGGAAGCAGCUCGCCAAUAAGGACAAGUAGGGAGCUUGCUGUCUUGUCCUGAGGCUCACAGAUGUUUCAACAGCUUAAGAUUUGCACGAUCAGGCCAUGAAGGUACUUGCCCCCACGAUGCUCUGCGGGGCAUGUGCAGUUACAAGUGCGUAUGUGAGGGGGUUAAUAGGUGAGAAUAUAUACAGCUAGGGCUGCGAUUUUGGCACGUAGUUCAUGGUGGUCACGGAUAUUGUGAAUUUGAAUAUAAAGCCCACAGGAUUUUGUGAAAUUUCUGUCAUUUUUAUUUUGCACCUCGAACGUAAAUUCUGCUAAACAUUACAAUGCCAAAAUCGUAACCUUAUGUAUAACACCUUAGUAAGCGCGCAGUACAUUGGUGAGUGCGUGCAUGUUCUUUCAAUGAGUGGAGGUUUGCACCUCAUGCAACAUGCAUGGGUUCUUGUCUCUGUGACACGAGAGAGUAAUUGACAAACACUCAGCGGGUGUAUCUCGAGAAUGUAUGCAUGUUGAACUUUGGGAACCUCAUUUGCCAGUAAAAAUAUGAUAAUUGGUUCUUUACCCUUCUAUCUGGCAACAAA